AUGUUGCAACAACAACUCAAUCAGACGAACCAUUGCACUGUAGUGUUGCAUCUAGAUUUGUACUUUUCAUCCAAUUUACUCUCCACUAAAAUACAAUCCAUUCCUCUCCGAUAUAAAUAUGACUUGAUCAUGAAACCAAUUUUGAAAUAUUACAAUUCCGAUAAUGAUGAUUAUGAUUAUGAUGAUGAUUUCGAUAUUAACGAUCCAAUUUGCCUCCUUCAAGGACUUUUAUUAAAAAUUGAUGUUAUUCGAGAUAAAAGGUAUAUUUACGAUCAAAUAAUAGAGUACAAAUGGGUUGCUUGUAGUUUUAGAGAGGAUUUUGGGUUAUUGAACGAUAGAGAUUUGGCCAUGAAACAUGCAAGUAUUGGCAUUAUUGUUGAGGAAUUUAACAAUGACAGAGAAAUUGUAAUGAAUGCUGUGAAAGAAACAGGAAAUGGACUUUCGUAUGCUUCAGAAGAAUUGAGGAAUGAUUUUGAAUUUGUGAGUGAAUUGUUGGAACAUGUUAAUGUUUUGAAUGAGGCAUCAGAGGAAUUGAGAGAUAAUAAGGAACUUGUAAUGUCACUUGUAAAACAUUGUGGAGAGGCUCUUGAAUAUGCUUCUGAUCGAUUGAGAAAUGAUUUUGAUGUUGUGUUGGCAGCUGUCAAACAAAAUGGACGAGCUCUCGCAUUCACAACAAUAGAACUACGGAGCAAUAAGGAAAUUAUAUUGGCAGCUUUGCAAUCAUUUUCGCAUGCAUGUAAAAUUGCAAUAUUGGACUCAUUUACAAAUGAUAGAGAUUUUAUGUUUAAAGUAUCUUUAGAGGAUGUGUAUAUACUAAGGAAAGCAUCUCAAGAAAUUAGAAACGAUAGAGAAAUAUUCCUCAAUGCAGUUAAAAUUUCUCCAUACAUAUUCAGGGAUACUUCAGAUGAAUUGAGGAAUGAUAGAGAACUAGCCAUCUUGGCAAUACAAUCGGAGCCAUCAAUGUUAGAAUAUGCAUCAGAUAAUUUGAAAGAUGAUGAGGAAAUUGUUGCAUUGGCACUUUCUUCUGAUGGACGUGCAAUUAGACAUGUAUCAGACAGAUUAAGAAAUGAUGUUGAAUUUCUUCAGAAAAUAUUCCAUAGUAGUAAGAGUGGGACAAUAUUGAAAUAUAUUCCAGAAAUACUCAAAAGUGAUAGAGAUAUCGUAUUGGAAUCUGUUAAACGUGAUGGAUACAAUUUGGAACAUGCCUCAAAUGAACUGAAACUUGAUAGAGAAAUAGUAUGGGAAGCAGUGAAAUCAGCAACCACAGCUAUACAAUUUGUACCUCAAGAAUUAUUAAGAGAAGCCUUUAUUCAUGCACUUCAAUUCCGUGGUGAACAUUGGGACUAUGAUUUUUUCGAAUUUGCACCUCCUGAAUUCAAGAACGACAGAGAAAUAGCAUUAACAUAUGUCAAAUAUCAUCAACGAGCACUAUCCCAUUUAAGCAAUCAGUUUAGAGCUGAUAGAGAAAUAGUGUUGGAAGCUGUAAAACAUUUUGGACCAAACGUACUUGAAUUGGUAGAUGCUCAAUUCAAAAACGAUAUUGAAAUAGUCAACUUGGCAAGAAGUAAAGGAGCUCUUACAAAAUUAUCAAUUGAAGACCAUUCAAACAGAGAAAAAGUUCUUCAAGCUUUCAAAGAUGAAAUAGACAUUGAAUAUCUUACAACCUCUUUGAAGAAUGACAGAGAGAUUGCCAUUGGAUGUGUAAAGCAAAAUGGAUUUUGGUUACAGUAUUUACCUUACAAAUUUAGAAGUGAUAGAGAAAUAGUAUUACUUUCAUUUAGAGAUACUAAAAGUUUAAAUCACAUGUCUUUGAAGUUGAGAAAUGAUAAGGAAAUUUUAGAAAAAUCGAAAAGGUGAACUAUCUGAUCUCAAUGGGCAUGAAAUGUCAACGAGAUUUAAAUCAUCGUUAAAAACGAGGAAGAAAUCUUGUCCGGUUUGUUGGAAAUUAUUGGUGUUGAUUAAAUGGUUUCAUUAGAUUGAAGUCAUUUAUUGAAAAGAGGUCUAUAAUAAUCCAUCUAGUUAUCUUUUGAUGGUAAAUUUGACAGAAUUCAUGCAGAUUUGGUUUCCACUUUUGUAAAUCCUUUCUUUGAAUGGUGCAAAAGUGAGGAAUAAAAGAUUGAAUGAUGAACACUCUCGUGAACGUAAAUCACCUCACGUACUGUGGUGAUGUGACACCGACAAGUUCCUUCUACAAUUUCAUUCUCAUCUGAAGAUUUGAAAUUGCAAAAUGUAUUAAACAGCUCAAGUAUAAGAGGAUAAUAGAGGCAAUCUAUAAACCUUUGAAACAGAGAUCAAAUAAAAUGGAUCCAUUCCUACCUUUGCCAAAAGUGGUUUGAGAGCAUUAAGCUUUACUCUAUCAAUAACUUCACCAACUUGUUUUCUUCCAAACAUGCUUGCCUUAUUAUCCAAAAAUACCACCAACUUGUUAUAUGAUGCCAGUAAUUCUCCUUUAACUGAGAGAUACUCAGGUGAGGCAAGAGCAGCUGCCCUGUUGCCUUUGUAAAUCUUCUUUUCAAUAGCUCUGAACUUGACCUUCUUGUAAUGGAAUCUACGAGUAACUGUAUCCAUGAGUAGAUCCACCAAUUGCUCAUCAAAGCCCUCUUCAUCAUUCUUUGAAGAACUUGAUUUAAUAACCGAAGCUCUGCUAGCAUAUCUGAGAGUGGAGAGGGUCUCACUUGCAUUCUUCUCAACUGGACUGCAAGUAGCUACCAUAAUAGUUUUGGCUCGACCACCAAGAGUUGAUUGAAGCAUAUUAGUCAGUACUGAAUCUCUGAAAGGAACGUGAGCUUUUUUGAUCCUUUCUUUAGCUUCAUUCUUGUCCUUAAGUUUGGAAACUUGUUCAGAGAGUUCGGCCAAUUUGUUAAUUACUCGUCCUAAAUGAAGUAAACUGGUAUUAAUUGCAGUUCCUUCAUCUCGUUCAUCUUUACAUUUGGCAAUUUGACCUGUCUUUUCACUACCAGCCAAGUCAACAAGAUUGAUUUGAGAUUUGAUAAUUGUAGCAUGAUUUUCAUCUGGUUGAAACUCUAAAGAAAUUGUAAAGACUGCAUGAGAUCUUGAAGAGACAUCAUUCAUGGCUGUUGCUCGAGUACUUCUAUUGGAAAAUCCACUGGUAAUCAGUUUUCUAGCAUCCUUCCAAUUUUUAACAUGUUUGUAACCAAUAUUAGAGUGAUAGUCGUAAUAUUGUCGAUUCUUGGAUCUGACCAACAAGUCACAAACCUUCUCAUUAUAAAUCUCUACAAAUCUACAAGAAACAUGAAAAUAGGAAUACCUCCUCACAGAUGUAAAUAUUUCC